GUAAGUACGCUUUAACCGUGAGCGAUGCUUCUUUAAUUUCCGUGCCCAUAGAAUUAAAAAGGAAAGGGGAAGAAGAAACGUCUUAACCUUUUGUCUUGAGUUAAACUGCAAAUUCUGAGAACUCUUAAAUUUUUUGUUUAAAUCUUAUCAGCUAAAUUCUGUAGUUGGAAUCUAGUUCGGCUUGAAUCAUCGUUGCCCCCAACACUGAUGGCAAAAAUGGGGAGUGUUAGUUCGGAGCAUUAUAGUCUGAUAGAGAGUUCUCCAAUUUAUUUUCAAUAUUCUUGGUCGACCAAGAGGAAGAGAGGUAGUAUUAGUAUGAGGGGAGAUGAGGCCUGCACGAGCUCCAAGCCUGUGAUAUCUAGAGUCUAUUGUCGGAAAAGAAAGCAUUCGGUGAUAGUUGAUCACGCUUCAGCGCUUGCAAAAAGAAGCAGCAAAGUUGAAGCCAGUGAUGAAGUUGAAGCUGUUCCUAAAGAUGAUGAUGAUAUCAUGUUAAUUGAUUGGAUUACUAAGCGGAGGAGGACCACUGUAGAAAAUAUAGAAGAUAAGGGCAAAAAAGAAAUUGAUUGCACAAUACUAGAAGAGAAUGGGAGUUCUGUAAGAUUCAGUAGUAGAAGGAAAGACAAAAGCAAAGCAAAAAAACAAUCUGAAAAGAAGUCAGUGGGACGACGAUUCACUAGUAAAAGGAAAGACAGGCGCCAAGUAGAACUGGAAGAGGACAUGGAAUGGGAAGAAGAAGUUGAACUCAUUUCUAUUAUCAAAGCAACGUCCCUAAGUAGAAGGGGAGCUUCUAACAGUCCUGAUAAUGUCACAGUUGCCAGUUCUUCUCAGUCACGUUCUCCAGCUUCAGAUUCCCUUUUGAAAAUUGGGAGUUCUGAUGACUCCAAAACCAUGAAUAAUACUCCAAAGGAGUCUAAGGAACGGCAUGCAAUUUGCCACCAGUGCUUGAAAGGGGAAAAUAUAACUCUUCUCAUCUGCAGCGAAUGUGAAGACACCAUGUAUUGUCUUCAAUGUACAAGGAAAUGGUAUCCAGAGUUAUCUGAGGAUGAUGUUGUUGACAAAUGUCCUUUCUGCCGCAAGAACUGUAACUGCAGCAGAUGCUUGCAUUUGAAUGGUUUAAUCAAGACAUCAAACAAGGAACUCUCAAGUUCUGAAAGACGCCACCAUCUCCAAUACUUGAUUUCACUGAUGCUUCCAUUUCUGAAAACGUUAUCUGAUUCCCAGAGUGAAGAGAUUGAAAUUGAGGCAAAUGUUCAAGGAGUACUGCCAUCCGAAGUUGACGUAACAAGGGCAGUAAGCCACUGUGAUGAACGUGUAUUCUGUGAUCAUUGCGCAACUUCAAUCGUUGACCUGCACCGGAGCUGUCCCAAGUGCUCUUACGAGCUUUGUUUGAAAUGCUGUCAAGAGAUUCGCCAAGGAUCGAUUUCUGAACGCCCUGAAAUGAAGUUAAACUAUGUUGACAAAGGAUACAGGUACAUGUAUGGUGGUCUAGAUAUGGAGCCGAGCUCCUCUUCUGUAUCUGCUGAGGAGGACGAAGAAGCUAAACCAUCCCCUCAGUGGAAUGCCGGUUUUAACGGAAGCAUCACUUGUGCACCAAAAGAGCUAGGCGGUUGUGGCGAAUACACUUUAGAGCUUAAGCGAAUCCUACCACAGAUGAAGAUGUCAGACUUGGAACAAAAGGCAGAGACUCUCUUGGCUUCAUACAUUAUAAGCCUCCCUAGAGAAUUGAACUGUAAGUGUUCUGCCUUGGAGACAGAUAUGAGAAGGAAAGCAGCUUCUAGGACCAGAUCAAGCGACAACUACCUCUUCUGUCCUGAUUCUCUUGAUGUCUUGAAGGAAGAAGAGCUUCUUCUUCAUUUUCAAGAGCAUUGGGCUAAAGGUGAACCAGUAAUUGUCAGGAACUCUCUUUGUAACACACCUGGCUUAAGCUGGGAGCCGAUGGUUAUGUGGCGUGCUCUAUGCGAAAAUGCAGAUUCAUCAACAUCAAGUUCUAAGAUGUCUCAAGUCAGAGCAAUUGAUUGUUUAUCCAACUGUGAGGUGGAGGUCAAUAGUCGUCACUUCUUUGAAGGUUACAGGAAGGGAAGAACAUAUGAAAACUUGUGGCCUGAGAUGUUGAAGCUAAAGGACUGGCCUCCUUCUGAUAAAUUUGAAGAUCUUUUACCUCGUCACUGUGAUGAGUUCAUAUCUGCAUUACCCUUCCAAGAAUACAGCGAUCCUAGAACCGGAAUUUUAAACAUUGCAGCGAAGCUUCCUGAAGGACUCAUCAAACCAGACUUGGGUCCAAAAACUUACAUUGCCUAUGGGAUUCCAUAUGAGCUUGGUAGAGGCGAUUCCGUGACUAAGCUUCACUGUGAUAUGUCAGAUGCGGUUAAUAUACUGACGCAUACGGCUGAAGUAACGUUAAGUCAAGAACAGAUAUCUGCAGUUAAAAAUAUAAAACAGAAACACAAGGAACAGAACAUGUUGGAAGAACAUGGAAAUGGGUUUGCAUGUAGCAAACAGGAAGAAGAACUGAACACUCCAGAGGUUCUGAGCUAUGAAAAUGAUGAAAAGGGAAGUGCUCUUUGGGACAUAUUUAGGAGAGAAGAUGUUCCUAAGUUAGAAGAGUAUCUAAGGAAGCAUUGUAAAGAGUUUAGACAUGAUUAUUGUUGUCCAGUUACAAAGGUCUAUCAUCCAAUACAUGACCAAUCAUGCUAUUUAACCGUUGAGCAUAAAAGAAAACUCAAGGCAGAGUUCGGGAUUGAACCGUGGACGUUCGUGCAAAAUCUAGGAGAAGCGGUGUUUAUUCCUGCUGGUUGUCCUCAUCAAGUUCGGAAUCUGAAGUCGUGUACAAAAGUGGCAGUAGACUUUGUUUCACCAGAAAACAUCAAUGAGUGUCUGCGUCUGACAGAAGAGUUUCGCCAACUUCCCAAGAACCAUAAGGCCAGAGAGGACAAACUUGAGGCAAGUCUUUUCUCUAUUUACCAAUUAAUUGUCUGUUUUUGUUGUUGUUGUUGUGUGUUUGUGCAUCUAUAUAUAUGGUUGAUGCUGGUUAUCCGGGUUAUUCUUGGAUUUCUGGAUCCAAAUAGUAGGGAUGUGCAUUUGAACCAAACCAGAACCUACAACAAAUCGGUUUACUCUGAAUCAAUUUUUUUAUUAAACCCACAUCAAAAGACUAAACCGUUUUAAAGCCGAAAAUGACCAAAAUUAUUUAGUUUUUGAUAUAUAAAUACUAAAAUACAUUUAAAUCUCAAAAUUUAUUUUAAGAGUACAUCUUAAUCCGACUAUAAUUUAUUUUCUACUUAAAAAAUAUCUACUGUUUAUCUUUUUCUUUGCCUUACAUAAAGUCAACACACAAACUGUAAACAAGUGAGGCCCUAAGCGAAAUAUGGUUCUCAAGAGAUUCAUUGUUAUAGGCCUGAAAAACAAAAUCAUGAUGACAUGAGUUCAGAUCUGUGUGUAUGUAUUAAUAUUAUUAGUCAAAAUUGAGGAUGAACACCCCUAGAAUAUUGUCUCAACAAUAAAGAGAAGGAUCUCUGAGUUGCUUGUAGAAUGUCCAACAACUAAUAUAGGAUUUCAGGUUGCAGAGAUGAUUAGUCUCUGAAACUGAAUCCCUAGUCUCUACGAAAAACAUUGGGUUGCAUAAAUGAGUUUUCUUUGCUUGGGAUAUGAGUUUUGGUUGUUGUAAGACCCAUGUGACCACACCCAACAAAGUCUCAAGUUUAGGUUAAGUGCACCCCCAAAAUAGUUGGUGCUUGCUGCAUCAUUGUCUUGUGUGGACAUUGAUAGGACUUCCAAUGCAUCCAAUGGAUUGCUAGCUCUUUGUUUACUAACUCCUCAAAUUAUGGAAUCAUCGAGAUGGUAUGACGGACCAUACCAUAGACUUUCUCGCCGAUAGAUGGAGCAUUAUAAUGGGUGGGUUGUCAGUAUGUGUGCGCGAGUCCGAUUUCCUUUCACUUUCUCAAGGAUCUAUAGGUUUGACUACAACAAGGGGUGGUAAUGGAAGAUCAUCGAGUUAAUUACUCAUCAAUUAGUCAUCAUCCUCUCCAUUUGUGGAAAUGAAAAAGCUUGUUAGUGUUUGCCUAUUUUAGUUUUUUUAAAUCCACGAGCUUUUUUCUGACUUGUGUUUAUAUUUUUAAUAUGAAAGUUCAUUUCGAAUCCACUAA